AUGGCAUACCCGUAUAACGCAAACUACGGCUACACUCAGCCGCCCACGCAGUACGGCCAGCCUCCUGCGGCGGCAGGGACCCACGGUCACCCGCCCGUGACGACGCCGCUGCCGUACAACGCCCAAACUGCCUACGACGGCGUAAAACCACCGAUGCCGACCUCCACCGGCGUGUACGCCCCCUCCGCUCGGCACAUGAACGACAACCACGAGCUGAUGGAGUGGUUCCGCGCGGUCGACACGGAUGGUAGCGGCGCCAUCAGCGUGCCGGAGCUGAACGCGGCCCUGUCGUCCGCCGGCGUGCCGUUCAGCCUCGCCACGACGGAGAAGUUGCUGUACAUGUACGACAAAAACCAUAGUGGCGAGAUCACCUUCACCGAGUUCAAGGAUCUUCAUCAGUUCAUUUUGAGCAUGAAGGAGGGCUUCCGCAAGCGCGACUCCAGCGGCGACGGUCGGCUCGACAGCAACGAGGUGCGCGCCGCCCUCGUCUCGAGCGGCUAUCAGCUGUCGGAGCAGACGUUCCAGGCCUUGAUGCGCAAGUUCGACCGUCAGCGCCGCGGCAGCCUCGGCUUCGACGACUACGUCGAGCUCUCCAUCUUUAUUUCGAAGGUGCGGAACGUCUUCGCCUUUUACGACCGCGAGCGCACGGGGCAGGUCACAUUCACCUUUGACACCUUCAUCGGUGGUAGCGUCUCCAUCCUGUAG